AAGAUACAUUCGCGCGUCAUAUUCAAUUUUCAAGGAAACCAAUGGCGCCUAUUGCAAACACUCAGACGUACAUAGUAAUUAAUAAUGCAAGGUUGCAAUGUGCAAAAUAACAUAACAGUGCAGUACUAUAAAUUCUAUUUAGAUUUUAUUUUAAAGGAUAUGAAUUAUUAUCAUAUUCAGUUAAUUCUAAAGGUUUUGAUAUUAUACUGACUUGGUCUUUAGAAGUUUUUGAUAACUUUUGAUAUAGAGUUGAAAUAAAAAAAUAAUGAGUAAUAACAUUUUAUUUAAUCUAAGUAAAAAUACUUGAAUAUAAGUUACAUCAUAGAAAACUGCGUUUAAUAGUUACAAUCUCUACUCAUAGUAGAGAAGGGUACUGUACGGAAUAUAAGUAGUUAUUGAUUUUAGGGAAUCACCCACCACAUAGGCAUCAGUAUAGAAAGUGUAGUUAUAUUUUUAUUGUAAAUUUUAUCAAAUAUUAUGAAACACUGGUAGUAUUAAUUUACAGACUGAUAUAAUAAAAAUAAAUGAGUCUUAAAAAAAAGAUUAAGUAAAUUUAGUCUCAUCCUUUGUAUGUGAAUGAUAAUUAAACAUGAUAUUUGAUUUAAAAACGCCUACGUACUUCCUAAAGGUUAGAAGAAAUACAAAUUUGAGGCAUAAAUAUAAAUGAGACGUCAAUAAGUAAACAAAAUAAAAGAUAAAUACAGUAUUUAUUAAAUAAUAAAAAUGAUGGAAAAAGAAUUUUGAAUAAAAAAUUACAAUCAAAAUUUAGAAAUACAUUUAAAAAUUUCCUAGCGGGUGAAUUUAAAAAGUAACAUUUUAUGAGGGUUUUUUUAAUGUUAUAUAAAAUGUUAACAUUAGUGCAAUUUCGAAAUAAAGUGUUCAAUUAUAAUAAAAUACUGAAAAAAAAGAUAUUUAUUGGUUGUGGUAGUUGUUUUUUAUUAUGUGUAAUUUUUUAUGCUAAUCAUAGGUCUAUAAAAAAUUUAGCUAUAUCUUUGAUAAGCGCUACAGAUGAAGACAUAUCGUGCUAUGAUGAACCACAAACACUGGGUUCCACUGAAUAUUUUAAUAAAGGUGAAGAACAAUCAAUGCAAGAUGACCAUAAUAUUUUUUUCCACGAAACUUCAUGUUUCGGUGAUAGAGAAAUUCUUCUGAAUGCAAGACAAGCAUGUGCUGUUGAGUCAGCAGCCAAAAUGAAUCCUGGGAUGAAGGUCUAUUUAUCCUUCCUCAGUCAUAGAAAAUUUUCAAAUUAUACUAAAAUGAUUAUUGAUAUUCUUAUGAGCUAUAAAAAUGUUCAUAUUCAUCGAAUAAGUAUGGAUCGAUAUGUUAAAGACACUCCUCUAGAAGAAUGGUGGGCAAGUGGAGUAUUUAAAUCUAGCCGAUGGCCUCGAAGUCAUAUGUCUGAUAUACUAAGAUACCUAACACUGUGGAAAUAUCCAGGAAUUUAUUUGGAUUUGGAUGUAGUUGUGAUAUCAUCUCUAGAACAUCUUUCAAAUUUUGCUGGUGCCGAAGAUUGGGAAGAUGUUGCUGCUGGUGUAUUAGGAUUUGGUGCGAAUCAAGUAGGUCGAAGGAUUGCUGACGCUUGUUUACGAGAUCUAAAAAAAAAUUUUCGAGGUGAUAUUUGGGGUAAUAAUGGGCCAGGUGUAAUAACACGAAUACUUCAAAGAAUAUGUGCUGCUAAAUACGCUCAAGAUAUGACAAAGGCACGAUGCCAUGGUUUUAACGUUUAUCCACCAUCAACGUUCUAUCCGAUACACUACAAAAAGUGGAAAUUAUAUUUCGACGCCAAAAAACGAAAUGAAACGUUAAGAAUGAUUGAAAAAGCAUUAAUAAUUCAUGUAUGGAACAAACUUAGUCAAUUCGAAACAAUACGUAUUGGAAGUGAUGUACCUUAUGCUAUAAUUGCCAAUCAAUAUUGCCCAAAAAUUUUUAAUAAUUGUAGUAAAUUUUUUUAAUUGAGCUAAAGUAUUAAAAAUUAUAUUAUUCUAUAACAAAAAAGUACACUCUAACAAAAGUAUGUGAUUUUUUCUUAAUGAAUGUAAGGUAAGUUUUUAUAUGUACAAGUAUUAUAUACAAUGAUCAACAGAUUGCAAUAUAAUUUUGCACUUU